UACAAUUUGCUAAUGUGACUGCUAUAUAUAUAUACCUCACCAUUAUGUGUUUGGUCAUGCGCCAGCUUAGUCAACAGAUAAAUAUAGGAAAUCCUGGAAAAACACCGACAGCAGUUUUACAGUCACAGUUAACUUUGUGACAGUUGACUAAUUAUUUAUUUGCUUGCAAGAAAUAUCGAAUAUUAGGAUUCAAACAUGAACAGCAGUAACAGUCAAAAAAGGAGACAUAAAUCUAACCCUGGGAGUCAGCAAACCGAACCGUUGAAUGCUAAAAUUGAAGUGGAACCCAAUACACAUAAUCCUGAUCUGCUGUGGGAAACACUGAAACAACUUCAUCCUGUUUAUCGCAUUGGAUGGUCAUAUGCCGCAACGCAACCACCUGAUUCUUUAAGAUUUGUUUGUAUCUCUGACACACAUGCUGCCAUUGAGUCAGGCAGAAUCAAAUUUGCUAACAAAAUUCCUAAUGGAGAUAUCCUUCUUCACGCUGGUGACUUCACAAUGGCUGGAAUGCCAUGUGAAAUAACAAGCUUUAACAGUUUCAUGGCUCACCUUCCCCACAGAAUUAAAGUUGUGACAGCAGGAAAUCAUGAAGUCACAUUUGAUGAAUUUGGUGGAGGUGGAACACAUCCAACACUUGAAAGAUUGCAACUUGGUCUUCCACAAACUGCUAGUCACAAAGAAGUAGCACAAGGUUGCAAGGAGUUGCUGCAUGAUGUUCUGUACCUUGAAGAUGAGGUUAUUGAAAUCUGUGGCAUCAAGAUCUAUGGAACUCCAUGGGUUCCCAGAUUUGGAACAUCAGGUUUCAGCUGUUCACGGGGUCUGCCUUUGCUUGAAAUAUGGGAUAAGAUUCCAACUGAUACAGAUAUUCUUCUGACACAUUCUCCACCGCUAGGAUAUGGAGAUACUACAAAAAGUGACAAACAUGUGGGAUGUGCUGAACUAUUAAAUACCGUAACCAAACGGGUGAAACCCAAAUUUCAUGUUUAUGGACAUAUCCAUAAUGGUUAUGGCGUAUUCUCAAAUGGAAAAACAACUUUUAUCAAUGCUUCUGUGUGCAAUGAUCAGUACAGACCUGUCCAUGAGCCAGUUGUUUUUGACUUUCCACUACCUCCUGGAUACUGUCGAGGAGAUUUUAUGAAACUUUCUUUAGAAACACUACAGGAACAGAGGCUGUUGUCAGGCAGUUUCAUGAAGACUAGAAAGAAAGAGACAGCUUUUAAUAUGACAAAAAUUGAGAAGGUAAUUAAUGGCAUAGAUGCACAAACUGCAAGUGACUAGUUUUUAAUGUCACCAAGGCUGUGAGACCACAAUUCUUCUGAGAAUAAAUGUCAUAAAUGUUUUUAAAAUUUUGUGCACAUUCUUUAUACUUUUGCUGUGAUACAUUUACUUUGUCUAUUUCAGAACAUUUUGUGAUACUUUCAUAAAAUCAUUGAUUUGUAGAUACAUAGUAAAGGUCUUGGAAAGAGUAUAUAUAUAUAUUUAUAAUAAGUAUAUAUAUAUAUAUUUAUAAUAUAUAUUUUAAUUUUCUUGUUUUUCCAUUUGGAACUGUAUACUUGUUUAAUUAUAGAAAAAGGGGUAUAUUUUAUUGGGAGCUAGCUUUAUGUCUUUCUGUCCGUGCUAUUUCUGUGACUGAGCUGAGGUUAAAGUACAUGCAGCAUUAACACAACCAACAAUGCUUAUACAUAAAAUCAUUUGAGUAGCCAUGUAUGCACAGAUGCAUGCAUAAUGCCUUGUCCUUACUUUAUAGAUAAAGAACUUAGUUUUGUUGAUAGUACUUAUGUUGACAGUGUGUGUAAAGAAUUUAAUCAAGAGGCUACACCUGAAAGUUUGUUUUGAUGUUGGGGUGCACAUUUGAUGCACAUUUUCAUGUUUAAGAGUGCUACAUUCAAUAUUAUUAGCACACAAGGGAAUCUUACUGUGAAAACUAGAGCAAAACUGUCAAUAGUAAUCCAGUUGCAUGCAUUCACUUUACAAGUCUUCAAGUUACAAUUCUGUUCAUCAGCUGAAGAGAAAGAGAAACCUAUACAAAAAUUAUUUUUGGACCUCUGACUUUCAGCUUUCAGAAUUUCAAAACGACACAGUGUCUCUGCUAAUCAGACUAACUGAAGAAAGGUGAUUGAUAUUUAUAUAAAAGUGUAAAUUCUUUGAGAGUGCUAUCUUAAGGUACAUGCCCUCUCCAUGCUAGGGUGUGUCUAUGGUCUGUGAAGGGUGAUAUGAUUUGACCUUUUGAAAUAAACUGUCCUGACUUGGAGUUUUAAUUAAUUUUUUUUUUGGCGCCCAUCUCAGAUUUUAUUUUAUGCUCUAAUACUUUUCUGUAUCUUACUGAUUUGCUGUCAAAAUAACAUUUCCAUUGCAGCAGCAGCAGCAGCAGCGCAUUUAUGUACACUCACAAGUACCAAAGGAGUGGAGAGAUUAAAAAAUACUGUAAGGAAGGCAUUAGAGAGAGGAAUACUAUAUUGCUACAGUUGCAAACAAUAUAGGAACAACCAAAUAUUUAUUUUAGUAAUGUGUUUUGUUACAUAUCAUCCUUCAUUAUGUCUAAGCACUGGGUGUAGUUUGCCAUUUUUAUUGUUGUGUAUUCUCAUUUUAUCAUCUUGAAAAUGGCAGAUAGGAAGAAAGUAACUUUAUAAAAUGUUGUCUUGACAUAUUUGGAUAUUGGUAUUGUACACAUGUAGAAUCAUAAAACCUUGCAGUGUUUAUAAUUACCUUUAUGCAACAUGAGCAUUCCAGUAGUUUUCAUGGCAAUCCUCCUAAUCAUAAACUUGUUGUUUAGAUGGACAUAUUUAAGCAUGUAUUCUAGUGGGUCCAUAUUUGUUAUAUAUGACUGCAAAAACAAAAAGAGAUUUUUUUGCUCUUGUUUUUUCAUUGCAUUUCACACACAUACAUAUAUAUUACCAUAUUCAAAGUUCAUGAUGGGUAAGUUAAGUUUAUUUUAUAGCCAUGGUGAUAUAGACAAUUUGCAUUGCUUACUGUUUUUCUGAGCAUUUUGUGUUGCUAUAUUCUACAUUUUACUGGCUUGCCAGAUGCUUUUGUUCAUAUCAAGAAACUUUUGACUUUUAAAGUUUUCUUCAGCUGUCAAAAAAGCAGCUGGUUUCUAGUGUUACAUUAUAGCACAAACAGUUGGUCUGGGACUUAAUUUAUUUAAGGAUAGAUGGUGGAAUAGGAUUGAAACAGAGUGUGUGUGUGUGUGUGCAAAAAAGAGAUCUUUAAUGGUUAUGUGAAUGGGUUGAUGCAGACAAAAGAGACUGCAAUAACAUUUUAUUUUUAUAAUAUAUAUACGUUUUAAAAUUAUAUUAGUAUUUCUAAUUUGUUGUUUACUGUGUUUAAUGGAAAUUAAAGAAUCUCCUUAUAUACCUUC